ACCCGCGCGAGGUCGCCAUUGUACUCUUUUGUUUGCAGGACGAACAUCAAGUGUGUCGCAGCGAGAGGCUUUUAUUGGUGAAAAAAGGGACGUUUCCAGUCAAAAUAAACGCGAGAUCUAAUGCCAGACAGCACCUGACUCUGGAAUUCCUUUACACAUUUAAAAAUGGACACUGAUUCUAAUGAUGGGACGGCCACAGAAAGUCUAAAUGGAGAAACAAAACCAGAUCCAGCCAAACUUGCUCAAACAGCAAUAAUUAAACAGGAUGUUAUGUUAUCAGCAACAAGUACCCAGUCACCGCUGGCCUCCCAAUCAUCAGUUUUUACCAUGCCCUCCGUUUCUCUACCGGGAGUAUCUAUGGCAAAUAACACGCACCUGGGACUGACAGAUCAUCUAUUCAUGUCAUCCGUAUCAGUCGGGGAUACAGCUACUACUUCAUCAUUAUCAGAUACCAGCACUAAAGGCUUAUUAUCGUCAUUAUCUGGUCAUACGCAGCUAUUAGGUCAACCCCAGGUGGCACCACAGUUUUUUAUUGCUGGUCAGUCGGCGGCAGCAGGGGCAGCAGGUGCUGCAGGGGCAACAGCUUCACAAUUAGGUGUACAACAACUACUUAUACCAGUUUCAACAGGAAAUGGAGCCCAACAAUUUAUUAGUAUACCAGUUUCUAUGGCAAUGGGCGGUAACCAACAGAUACAGUUAUUAACCACAUCUAAUGGUCAAAUGUUAGCUACAAAUUUAGCAAGUUUAGGAGCAUUGGCACAACCACUCAGUCUUGGGUUACCAGUUGGUUCUAGUGCGUCUGCUGGUCAUCAUGCAUUAAGUAGUGCUGCUAUAACUAGUCAAUUAGCAGCCGCACUUCCACAAUUAUUAGCAGCUGGUUCACAUAGUCAAUUACUAGCCGUCUCACCACAGGUUGCUGGUUUAAGUAAAGUUUUAUCACCAGUGGUAUCUCAUAGUCAUUCCACAUCAUCUAGUCAAUCAGCUGCAGCUAGUGCUAACAACCAUUCUACAUCCACUGUCAACCAUACCAAUCCAUCAACUAAUAACUCAUUACAACAAACUUUAACACAAGCUGUAGCAGGCGGUCAUGCAACCGUUGUCGCGGCAACCACACCACGUAACCCACCAGCAGCAGUUACACCAAUAACAACCAGUAAUGGACUUCCUCCCAGUAUCAACCAAUUAUUACCAAACUAUUUAUCUCUUCCAGAUACAGUGGGUAAUUCUACUGAAAGUACCACAGUUGAUGGAAUUAAUUUAGAUGAGAUUAAAGAGUUUGCACGACAGUUUAAGAUCCGGCGGUUAUCGCUAGGAUUAACACAGACGCAAGUAGGGCAAGCUUUAAGUGCUACAGAAGGACCUGCAUACAGUCAGUCGGCCAUUUGUAGGUUUGAGAAGUUAGACAUUACUCCAAAAAGUGCACAAAAAAUCAAACCAGUGUUAGAACGAUGGAUGAUGGAAGCUGAAGAAAGAUAUAAAAAUGGAGUCGAUAAUCUCACAGAUUUUAUUGGUAGCGAACCAUCCAAAAAACGCAAAAGACGCACAUCUUUUACACCACAAGCUCUUGAUGUAUUAAAUCAGUACUUUGAGAGAAAUACACAUCCCUCUGGUGCAGAAAUGACGGAUUUAUCAGAAAAAUUAAACUACGAUCGUGAAGUGAUUAGAGUGUGGUUCUGCAAUAAAAGACAGGCAUUAAAAAAUACAAUAAAAAAACUCAAACAUGAUACACCAUAGAAACAUGGUUGUCUACGCUAAGUAAACAUAGUUAACUUUGUUAAUUUAUAUAUUUAUUGUGACACUGUUGCUUUAUUUGUUAUGACUUUUUGUCAUUGUGAGACUACCAAAAGAAAAAACAAGAAAUAGUGAAGAUUUGUGUAAUUGUAAAAUUCCAAGGCACAUGUGAAAUUUAACGAGUAUAGUGUUAUCCGUGUUGGAAUAUGUUUCUUUUUUUACAUCAGUGAUAUCAAAAGACAUUUAUGUUUAUGUUUAUCAAAACAGAAAAUAUUAACAGUAUAGUACCGUUUAUAGCCACUGAAUCAAAUCUUGGAACAAUGAAAAGUGCUGUGAUCAUGGAGGUAUGGAAUCUCAAAAUUAAAAAUCAAAAUUGUGAUCACAAAGUUGGGGAUCAAACAGAAGAUUAAUAAAGAUUAGAUGUAGCUGAAAGUCUUAGAACAGAAAUCUUUGAAAUCCAGAAAAUAUACAGGAAGAUUGUGUAAAAUGGCCAUUGGUAUUAGAUGAAUUUAUUGUAUUUUCCCGCCAAAAUCUUUUAGACAUUGUCAUUUUUCAGUGCUUGUUAGAUUGUUUAGACAGGGCUCAUACGUAAAAAAAACUUAGAUAAAAGCACAAUAAGUAAUUGUGA